CAAUCUCUCCUCAAUCCCACAACAUUUUGUUUAAUCUACAACUGCCAACACGUAAAAUGGUUUCAAAAGUGAAGAAAUCAAAAUCUGCAAGAGCUGGUCUUCAUUUCCCCGUAGGCCGAGUUCAUAGUUACCUACGGAAAGGAAACUUCGCACCAAGAAUUGGUAGUGGGGCAUCAGUUUACUUAGCUGCAGCUCUGGAAUACUUGUCAGCGGAAAUUCUGGAUUUAGCAGCAAAUGCCGCGACGGAUAAUAAGAAAAGCAGAGUGUAUCCCAGACACAUUUUAUUCGCCAUUAGACAUGAUGAAGAACUCAAUAAAAUGCUGACUGGUGUUACCAUUUCUCAGGGUGGAGUUGUACCUAACAUUCAGCCUCAAUUGCUGCCGAAGAAAACUAUGAAGAAAAAAGAAGAAGCUGAUGUAGAAUGAAGAAGCGGUGUAAUUUUAUUUUCUAAAACAAUUUGGGCAAAAUUAUGGGUGAUUUUUGACAAUUUGAAGAAUUAGUCAUGUGAUCAAAGUGAUUAUUUAUUUUUAACGAUGGCCAAAGAAUGGCCAGAA